AUGUUCUCCCUUCUGCCUCCCCUCCCCAAGCUGCACAGCUUUGUGAAGGACGCCAGGGAGCAGUAUGACAAGCUGCAGAUGAUGCACUUGAACAUGGAGACUCUGUACAAGGAGCUGGGCGAGUACUUCCUCUUUGACCCCAAGAAGGUGUCGGUGGAAGAGUUCUUCAUGGAUCUGCACAACUUCAAGAACAUGUUUGUGCAAGCAGUCAAGGAAAACCAGAAGAGGCGGGAGACAGAGGAGAAGUUGCGUCGAGCCAAACUGGCCAAGGAGAAGGCCGAGAAGGAACGGCUAGAGAAGCAACAGAAGAGAGAGCAGCUCAUCGACAUGAAUGCGGAGGGUGAUGAAACAGGCGUAAUGGACAGUCUUCUGGAAGCCCUGCAGUCAGGGGCGGCGUUCCGACGGAAGAGGGGGCCUCGCCAGGCCAACAGGAAAGCUGGGUGUGCAGUCACGUCACUGCUGGCCUCGGAGCUGACCAAGGAUGACGCCAUGACCUCCGUCCCCUCCAAGGUGUCCAGGAGCGGGGAGGGAAUCCCCACAAUCCUGGAGGAAAGCAAGGAGCUGGUCGGCCGAGCAAGCUAGCUGGGUCCUGCAGCCUGGAAGCUCCUGAUAGCCCUGCCCUGCAGCAUGUGCCUAACGGGUCAUGGAGACAUUCCUCAGGGGGCUGCCCCCAUCUUUCCCCUGACCUGCUACUCCCUGUCCAUCACACACAGCUUCCGCUGCCAGGAGGCUAGGAGGAAAGGGCAAUGCAGGGAGUCCGGCCCUGGCUGUUGUAUUACCAAAGCAGGCUCGUGUUUGCUGCCUUAACCCCAAGAGUCUCCUCCGUUACUAUCAGGCCUCGUCUCCGAGGAGCCCCGCCUGCUUUCCCAGCCCCUGCCUCUCCGCUGGGCUUGCCCCUGUUCGUCUUGCUGGGUUUGUGCUUUUCUUCUGUGGUGUCUCCUGCUCUGACAACAGCAUGGGGCUUGUGAGCCCGCGGACUUACCCCCCUCUCCUCCCAUUGCCUGUCACCUCUGCUCUGCUCUGCUCUGCCCUCCCCUGGCUCUUAUUUAUUACUAGUAGCGUGGCAUGGGGGAGCUGCUUCUAAGGAAGGGGAGCAGAUCCCACCCUUACCCCCAUCUUUCUGGGCAAUGCCUCAAAAAAAAAAAAAACAAGGAUCUGGACCCUUCACCAGUUCUGUGGAGGCCUGGGCUUGGGCCUGUGGGCAGGCAGGCAAGGCAGGGAGCCCCAAGCCUGCUGCCAGUCUCGUGCCCUCAGCCCCUGGCACUGCUGCACCAGCCUCUGGCUCCUAAGGCCUGGGCCCUCCUCUUGCCUCCCGGAGCACUGGUGCAUUUUUUCUGGAGUCUGGGCUGGAUCGUGACCUUCCAACACCUCACCCUUGUCUCCAAGGAAAUGGGAGGUGGAGCCUCCUGGCUGAGAAAUUGUUUUGCAAAUGGAUCUAUUUUUGUAUGAGAUUUUUUUUUUAAAGUAAUUUUCCCUUUCCCUUGCCCUUUCCCCCUCCAUAAUGUCAAGGCUUUCAUGUCUGUCCUGGAUUCCCUCCCCACAGGCCUCACUCCUGAAGCAGCCCCUGAGGCUGGCACAGUCUCCCAGCACCCAGCGCUGGGUAGGAAGGAGCUCUCCUCUGGGGAAGCUGACACCCCCCAGCCCCAGAGCAGCAGGGGCUCAGAGACUGGUUUUUAUAAAUGUAAUAUAUUUAUCAAGCCAAAUGUGCAAAUGCUAAUUGAACACUUGGGGGAACGGUGGGUGGGCACAGGGAGUGUCCCCACACACACAUACACACAUACACAACACACACACACAUAGCCCCAGUCCUUUGUGCCCCCCUUUGCUUCCUGCAAGCAUUGGGCAGGCCAGACUGCUCAGUGGCGCCAGCUCCAGGACCCUCAGGUGCCCUGGCUCAAGGUGACAGCUGGCCUCCCUCUUGCAUCCCACCUCAGCGAGGGAGAGGGGCUGGCACCUGAGGCCUGGGCGUGCUGCUUCCGCAGAGGGGAGUUAGGACCCUUGCAGCGGGGGAGCAGGGGCAGGAGGGGUCCAGUGGCUGGAGCCUGUGCAGGAGUCAGUGCGGCUCCUCAGAGCUCUUCCCAGGAAGACUGUGUAGCAAUGGGGACUGCUGCUUCUCUGGGUCCCCUCCUGCUAUCUCAUGGGACUUUGACCCUUCCUUUUUUAAUCUACUUUUACUAAAAUGCAUUUAUUAAAAAAACAAAGAUAAAAUGUAAACUUAUUUCCCUUGUCUCUUGGGCUUCUGGGUUUAUCAUCACCUCCAGUUUGUUGGGUCAUUUCCAACUCUUAAUAAAGCGUCAAAACAGUG